AUGCCCGUCCCACGGCGGUCCCCGCAGUCCGAAGAGGCGGGGAGGAGUGAGGAGGUCUGGGAGUUCUUCGGAGGUCCGGCUGAGGAGAAGGGGAGGUUUGGGAAUGACCCGGUGAGCUAUCAAGGGUAUGGGAGCAGGCUCGGAGUUGAGAAGGGGGCUGUUCUUGAUUGGGGGGAUUAUUUCUAUCUUGAGGUUUUCCCUGAGGGGAGGAGGGUGCUUGAGAAGUGGCCUGGCUCUUGCAGGGAUGCAACUGAGGAAUACAGCAACCAAGUCCUCAGCCUAUGCACAACCCUAACGAAGCUGCUCUCCAAAAGCCUAGGCCUGCACGAGGACUUCCUUCUGCAAAAGUUCGGAUCCGAACAUGUCCAAGCGGGUAUACGGGUGAACUACUACCCGAAAUGCCCGCAACCCGACCUCACCCUCGGCCUCUCGCCGCAUUCUGAUCCCGGUGGCCUCACCGUGCUGCUCGCCGACGAUGACGUGGAAGGGCUGCAGGUCCGCAAGGGCGAUAAGUGGGUGGUCGUCAAGCCCGUCGCCAAUGCGUUCAUCGUGAACGUCGCCGAUCAAGUUCAGGUGAUAAGCAAUGGGAUAUACAAGAGCGUGGAGCACCGGGUGACCACAAACUCAACCAAGGAUCGCCUCUCCAUAGCUUUCUUCUACAGCCCCAACAACGACGUCCCGAUCGAACCGGCACCGGAGCUCGUGUCGUCAGAGAACCCGGCCCAAUAUACUCGGACGACGUACAGAGAGUACAGGCUCUACAUAAGGAAGAAGGGGCCCAGUGGCAAGUCUCAGGUUGAGUCCAUCAAGGCAGCCGGGGAGGCAAAAAACUAGCGCUUGGGGUGAAUUGAAGUUAUAGUUUGUGAGCAUAAUUAAAUAAAGGAAAUUUUCUUUUCUAACUAGUAUGAAAGAGAACAUGG